AUGCAACGUUCCAAGUCCCAUAACGCUCCAGCUCGUACUCCAUCUGACAAUGUCAGUCAACGUGUUGGAAACAAUAAUAAUCUUAAUAACAAUGCUACCUCUGUAAUGAACUCUAAUAACGCUAAUGGUUCCACUAUAGUUAACACCGAGUCACAGCAACUGAAAGGUCUUGAAUGGGUACUUGGACUUUCGAUCAAAGUAAAGACUUUGAAUGAUGACGACAAUAAUUCCGGAAAUCCUCCAAAAUAUGACUUUCGGAUUCUGAAAAUCAGCUUCCUUAGAGAUGUAGUUCAGUUGCCCAACCGUAAACCUUCAAUCGAUGGUAAUUCAAACACUGCUACCAAUAGUACAUCUACAAACAGCACAUCAACGAAUGGUCAAAAUACAAGUGCAUCUGUUUUUUCGACGGCAGUUCCUUUAGUGGGUUAUGUACAAACGGAUAGACUUCAAUCAAGGGAAUUGCAAUCGGUGAAAGAGACACAAAGUGCAUUGGCCAGAAUUGGGGUGGGUGUGACACAGGAAGCUCAAGAUAUUUUUGAUGCGCUGAGUAAAACAUUGCCAUGCCGAUGGUCUAAAGAUUCAAUUGUAGUCCUAGAUGAAGUUAUUAUUGGACCACCGUAUGAUAUAGAAAACUGUAAGGCAAAUUCUGGCGCAUCAGGUUCGCUGGCGAGGGUCAAAAAAGUG